ACGGCACCAAAACAGUUAGGGGCGCAGAAGCUAGCCUACUGCUUGGACAUUAACCGACUGCUCCAGACUACGGCACUGCCCUGACAGCUGCUGCACGCUGGUCCUCCCCGGUCUUGUCAUCCGAUAUUCAAUUCUCUCUUUGGAGAUGACUGUAAAACAGGAAUUGUAAAGUCGGUUAGUAAUUUGAGGACGUUUUAUUGGAUGCCACAAAACAGAGCAUUUUGUUGUGAACAGAAGAUCAGUCAUGCUCUGUCAGGAUGCUAUCCUGCGUUAGCUAUGCUAAUUGGCGAACAAUGUAAUUGUCAAUUACUGCCAAUUUGCUGUGAGUCUGUGCUAGUAGAUUAAACACGUGUUGGGAGUAACGGUAAUGUUUGUCUAGCUAUGCUGACAGGUCACUGACAUUCACUGGCAAUGGCAAUGCAUUGUUUAUGGGGUAGAGCUAGAGGCACUGUUAAUUGAAACAAACGGAAAGACUAGCUAACUAGCUAAUGUCAGCUGUGUAAUGACAUGGACGAGGUGAUCUAGCGAUGCUUAAUAUUAUUUACCAUUGCAAGCAGUUGUCGCCUAACUGGGCAGUGUGGUGUAGCAGAGCCCUGCCCAGUCGCAUAGAUCUGUAUAAUGAGUGAUCAUUAUGUCAAAGCCAAGGUUCAGCUUGAGCAGAUGAAGUCAUCCGGCGAAGAUGCGGAAAAAGAGCCUGGUAGUGGGGCUGAGGACGGGGAGGAAGAAAUGCCUGCGGAGGCAUCCCCGCCUGCAUCUGUCUCACCCAUCCUGCCGAGCAACACCACCACCACCACUGGUCGGAAUGCAUCAAAAACCUCCGUUAGUAGCAGGAAUCGGAGUAAAAGCAGAGGCAAAUUGGCGAAAGACGAUAAAAACACAUGCUGUAAACAGGAUCCCGACAUUGCCUUGCACGGAUCGAAAGUACCUGCCAACGCCGGGAGGAUUCUAAACCGAAUUGGUCAUGACCAUACGCUUCAAAUAAAAGGUACUGGUAAGGUUCUGCAAGGAAAGACGGAAAGCAACGGUAACGUCGGGCCCAACCAUCAAAUAAAAGACGUCAAAGAAGAUGGUAACAAAGUUGCCACUAAGAGGAAACCUGUCACCGUGGACACAUCUAAAGCCAAAACAUCGCUGGAGGCACUGAAGCUAAGCAUUAAGCAGCUAAAAUGGAAAGAGUUUCCCCUAGGUAGAAGGACAGCCUGUGAUAUCUACUGGCAUGGUGUCUCCUUCCAUGACAACGACAACAUUGUCUCUGGUCAGGUCAACAAGUUCCCAGGCAUGAUUGAGAUGCUGAGGAAGAUCAACCUGAGCAGGGCUGUGAGGACCAUGCAGGAGCUCUUCCCUGAAGAGUACAACUUCUAUCCUCGCUCCUGGAUCCUGCCCGAGGAGUUCCAGCAGUUCUCCACACAGAUCCGCAUGGUGAAGGAGAACGACUCCACCCUGAAGCCCACGUUCAUCGUCAAGCCUGACGGGGGUUCCCAGGGGGACGGGAUCUACCUGAUCCGCGACCCCAACGACCUGCGCCUCAUGGGCGGGGCCUCGCCCGGCGGCAAGCAGGCUGUGGUCCAGGAGUACAUUCACAAGCCCCUCCUCAUCGACAAGCUCAAGUUCGACAUCCGCCUCUACGUGCUGGUCAAGUCGCUGAACCCGCUGGAGAUCUACAUAGCGAAGGAGGGCCUCUCGCGCUUCUGCACGGAGCCCUACCAGGAGCCCUGCCAGAAGAACCUGAGCCACGUCUUCAUGCACCUGACCAACUACUCCCUCAACGUCCAGAGCGGCAACUUCGUCCACUCCGACAGCCUGAGCACGGGCAGCAAGAGGACCUUCUCCAGCGUCCUCUACCGGCUCGCCUCCAAAGGCGUGGACAUCAAGAAGGUGUGGUCCGACAUCAUCUCGCUGGUCAUCAAGACGGUCAUCGCGCUGGUGCCCGAGCUUCGGGUGCACUACCAGGCCGACAUCCCCCCCGGCAAGCCUGGGCCUUCCUGCUUUCAGAUCUUGGGAUUUGACAUCCUUCUGAUGAAGAACCUGAAGCCUGUGCUGUUGGAGGUCAACGCCAACCCCAGUAUGAGGAUAGAGCACGAGCAGGAGGUGGCUCCCGGUGUGUUUGAAUAUGUCCCCAGUCCCGUGGACGAAGAGGUGAAAGUGGGCGUCAUCCGAGACACUCUGCGACUUAUGGACCCUGCUCAUCGGAAAUCACUGGCCCACCCCGGGGGCGUGUCCGAAGGGCAGGAGGAGAUACUGGUGGACGCGGCGUCUCCGGAGCGGGGGGGCGAGGAGGGCGGCCUCCUGCCGUCGCUGUGUCUGAAGCAGGUGUUCCCCAAGUACACCAAGCAGUUCAACUACCUGCGGCUGGUGGAACGCAUCACCACCCUCUUCCUGCGCUUCCUGGGGGUCAAGGGCAACAUGCGGCUGGGCCCCACCGGCUUCCGCACCUUCAUCAGGAACUGUAAACUGAGCAACAGUAAUUUCUCCAUGGCAUCGGUGGACAUCCUCUACAUUGACAUCACACGUCGCUGGUCCGGAAUGCUGCCUGACUCCAGAGAAGCAGGUAUGGGUUUGCAGGCGUUUGUGGAGGCGUUCUUCUACCUGGCCCAGCGCAGGUUCAAGUCCCUGGCUCUCAGGGAGCAGGUUCUGUCUCUGCUGGAGCUGUGCGAGGCCCAGCUGGAGCCCCCUGGGGGGCCAGGGGAGGAGAGACGCUCGCUGAGCUGCACCAGAGCCCCGCCUGCAGGGGGGGGUAGGACUCACCACCAGACCCUGCCUCCUGCCUCAUUGACCCCCUAACUUCCCCCCCCCCCCCCUACCCGCCCCGCUGUUCUUACCAGAGCCUGAGGUGCUUUCUCAAGUCCAACCUGGAGAACUGAUGGUGGUUUGGGGGAGGCUUGAGGGUACACUAGUCAUUUGCACACACAAACACACUGAGACAAUGCCCCCCCACCCCAGGGGCACAUGUCAAGAGGCGAAAGAAGGAUUGGGCUCACCUCAACAUCUGACCUCUGUGAGACCUGCUCUGGGUUUGAUUGCUUUUCCAUACUGGGAGGAGGGAGGCCCGCAAGGGGCUGAGAGAAUGGUUAAAGAAGAAAAAAAUUAAUUGUGUGUGUGUGCGUGUGUUCCGGCCUUGGUGUUGGACAUGUAUGAAUGGAGUGUGUGCAGAGGCUGUCCGGUCUGUGUCUGCGGGGAGCAGAUGUAUGACUUGGCUUGGCAGGAGAGCCAUGCUUUAAAUGCACUUAUUGAUUCUUACCUUCAGGGCAGCUGUGUGCCUCCCAUCACCUUAUCAACCAAUCCCCUGGACAAUCACACACACACCCCCACACACGCUUACUCUUCAGGGAAAUAUAUGAAGGCUUCAGCUUAUACUGCUGACCCCACAAUAUGCAUGUCCAUUCUUCUCAAACACACGCAAACACUCUGUAUCAAAAAUGCAUGUGUUAGUCUGAGCUUUUGCACACUAGCUCUUAAACCUAUUAUAUUUGCACAUGUGCGUGUGUGACCGUGUUUGUGUGGCAACAUAUGACCAUGUAAUGGCCAGUGACUCUGCUGCUGCUUUUGUUACAGCUCUCAGAGCCAAUCAGGGUCAAGCUAGACCACAUAGUCCCAAAGGGUAAGGUGAUCCUCCCACUUCCUCUUAACUGAGAUCAGCAGCUACUCUAAAAUGGCCGCCUUAGACCACAGCGGCGGGUCACGCAAAAUGGCCGCCGUCGAACGACAUCAGCAAGAAGGAUCUUAAGACAACACCGUCAACACUCACAGCUUGUUUACGAAUUAAGUGUCAUUCGUGGUGAUAUUUUAAUUGUAUCAUUUUUUUGUAUUUGCUUGAUUUUAAACAUUAUUUAUUCACUGCCGUGUCACUCGAUGUUAGACUACGUUAAAGCUUGCCAGAGAAUAAACACAGGCUCUCAGUUUAAUCCCUGUCGUAGGGACAACACAAACUCACAGAACACUUCCAUUCAUGAGUGGACUGUGUACACCACACCAUUGUACAUUAGGAAGAGGAGGGAAUUCUGUAUGGCAUAAACACAUCAGGGACUGCAGUUUAUUUUUGAGAAAUCCCACUGAUUACCUAAGAAGGCUCAAACUAUCAGUAUAUCUUCUGUUGAACCUCUAGAUAUGGGAAAAAUAUUGCUAGGGAUGCAACUAUUGUUGAGUGCUUCUUGAGAAUCACAUAUAACACAGGACUUGAAUAUGACUGAAUUCCACAUCAAAUAGAAAGAGGACACGGACACAGUCUUUACUGUAUGAUAGCUCUAAAAUACUCAAUAAAAUGUAACUGACCUUAAACUGUGAUUUGAGUU